AUGACUUGCCAAGCAUUUUCUUCAUCUGACACCUUUGUACCCUUGAAUUCUGACUCUUCUCCCUCUCUGCCUCUGAUCAUGCAUCACAGCGCCGCAGAGUGCCUGCCGGUUUCUAACCAUGCCACCAAUGUUGUGUCUCCAGGAGCCUUCAUUACUCUGUGCCCUCCUGUCAUUAUGGAAAUCAACCAUCUACCUACGGGGUGAUGGCAGGUAUCAAGCCUGCAACUCCAGAGAUGCUAUCAGCAAGUCUGUCCCAGAGUCGCAUCUUACAGACAUGCAGUAUGCCACAUCCCAAUGUGGUCAAUGGUGUCAGCACCUUGCAAAGCAAUCUGACCCCUUGCCUUUACAAGUUCCCAGAGCAUGCCCUGAGUGCCAGCUCGUGUGCCCUGGGCCACAGCUUCACACCCAUGCACCAGUCCCUCCUCACAGAGGAUCCCAAUGCAGCAGACUUCAAGCAGGAGUUUCGCAGAAGAAGCAAGUCUGUUGAAGAACCUGUUGACAUGGACUCUCCUGAAAUCAGGGAACUGGAGAAAUUUGCUAAUGAAUUCAAGCUGAGGAGGAUAAAGUUGGGCUAUACACAAACCAAUGUUGGAGAAGCACUGGCUGCUGUGCACGGCUCUGAAUUCAGCCAGACUACUAUCUGUCGUUUUGAAAACUUGCAGCUGAGCUUCAAGAAUGCAUGCAAACUGAAAUCUAUACUGUCCAAGUGGCUGGAGGAGGCAGAACAAGUAGGAGCUUUAUACAGUGAAAAAGUUGGAGUGAAUGAGCGGAAGAGGAAGCGCAGAACCACCAUAAGUAUUGCUGCCAAAGAAGCCCUAGAGAGGCAUUUUGGGGAACAAAGUAAGCCUUCUUCUCAGGAGAUUAUGAGGAUGGCUGAGGGUCUCAAUCUUGAGAAAGAGGUUGUGAGAGUUUGGUUUUGCAACAGAAGACAAAGAGAAAAAAGAGUGAAGACAAGUUUACAUCAGAACACCUUUAGUUCUAUUAUCAAGGAGCAUCAUGAAUGCCGGUAA